AUGUCGCCCCUCGAUGCGCCACCAGCACCAACCGCUGGCACUUUGGCGGAGUUGCCCAUGCUGCGGCCUUGUGCCAAACUUGGUGACUCGAGCAAACUGACGCCACGAAGAUUGCCACCCUGCGAGGGUUUCUCCGAGGCGGCAAGUCCCCGAAGGUUUGGAGGUGUCACCAACGCCUACCCGGUAGAGAACCAGGACGUGCGCGGCCCAGCCGCGCCGCUGCCUCUGACGCCUCGGCCUCCGGCCGAAGGCCCCGAGGGCCGCAGCGCACGGCGCAGACACGCCGGCGCUGGCGCCACUGCGCCGGAGGAGAGGAAGGUCGCCACGAGCCUUCCACCGGUGCCCCUCACGGCGCGGGAGGCGCGGCCCCGCGACGAGUUCGGCGCCAGCGGCAGCAGCAUGGCCUCAGGGGCCUCGGCGCGGAGACCGAAGGAUCCCAAGGAGAGGACCUCGGAAAGAAGGAAACCGCCCAUGCCCAAGGCGCCAUCGCCCAAGGAUGAGGUCAGCAGCAGGGCCAGCAGCUCACAGGGACGACCCAGCAGUGGAGCGCCGGCCCUCUGGGACCUUGACCUUGCUCCAGAGCUCUUCACUUCGGAGCUGGGUGAAGUGCUGGCGGAGAACGCCGAGAGUUCGGAGCAAGCCAAUGAAGACCUGGACCCCUUCAGUGCCGAGCUGGGCCGAGCUCGUGGCAGCCGGCCGCAGACAUGGAACGAGCCUUCGUCCAGUUUCGUGCAGGUUUUGGAAGAGAUGGAGCGAGAGAAGGACACGGCACAGGGUGUGGGUGAGUUGUGGCACGAGAAGACGAUGGCACUCCUCUCAUCCACGCCCAAUCUGAGCACUGCCCCCGGCUCCACCUCCACGUCCAGCACAGCCCCGACGGCUGCGACGGCGGCCACUCCGGUGCCCGAUCCCAGCCCUGUGGACGAAGAGCUGGCGGAGGCGGAGAUGGACGAGCUGCCAGAGGCGGAGAUGGACGAGCUGCCGUCGGAUGAGCCGCAGCCGAGCCUCAUCGCGCAAGCCUUGAGGGAUGCUGGCCUCGACCCGGAGAUUGGGGAGGAGACGUCGUUCAUGGACAUGGACCUGUCCUCUGAGACCUUGACGGAGGCUACCAGCACCUCGCACCUGGCGCAGCUCCUCCAAAAGCUGGGCCGCGCAGGUGGCACGGCGGAAGAAGGCCAGGGCCCCCAGGGCCCCCAGGGCCCCCGGAGGAGCGCUGCAGCUCCGGUCGUGCCACGCCCUGUAGUGGCAGAGAAACGCCUGAGCAUAGGUUGUGACACCUGGCUUCAAAGUUAUGCCUGGGGCGGCAAGCUGCACCAAGGACAAGCGGCCCAGGUCGGCGCAGAGUUGCUGGUGGAUUGUACAGAUGUCAAGAACGAUCAAGAGGAUGUGCUUCUAGAAGGCGCGUUUCCUGGCGCUGCCAGGGCCAACCUGCAGAGCGACUGGACUUUGGCUGCCCUUUUCUUGCUGGCGGUGUUGAAGGGUGCAGACGUUCAGAUGCUGCCAUCGUCCUUUCGAGCCAUGGAACAUGAUCUCCACUUUGCCCCCAGUCAGCUAGCGAUGAUUGCAUUGUCUCAAGGAGUUGCUACGGCCGUGACUGGGCCUUUGUGGGGGAACUUCGUUGAUAGCGGAGCCUCACGGAAGUGGCUGCUGCAGGUUGGUGCUGGUUUGUGGGGAAUUUGCACCUUUCUGCUGGCUUUGACCUCCCACUUCACUUUGAUGAUUGCCUUGAGGGUACUCAAUGGGGCAGCCUUAGCUAUGAUCGUGCCGGUGGUCCAGUCGAUGGUCGCCGAUUUGACGACCUCUACCAACUGUGGAGCCACCUUUGGAAAGGUGUCUUGCUCCAGCAGCUUGGGGCAAGUGCUGGCAUGUUUGAUGGUCACUCCCAUCUCCGAAACCUCCGUGUGGGGCAUGCGGGGCUGGCGCGUCAGCCUCGCCUGCUUGGGAAUCAUAAGCCUCCUGACGAUCCCAUUUGUGCGCUGGGCGGUUCAUGAAGAGCCACGGGUUUGGCAUCCGAGGAGAUUUGGGAUCUUCCGUGAGAUGCGAACCAUGUGUCUGGGCGGUGAAACAGCAGACAGCUUGGAUGUGCAUCGCAGUUAG